AUGGCCCGGCCUCAGGACGCUCAGGUGUUUUCAGGACGCCGUAAGCUAAGGCUACAUCCCAAGCAAAGUUGUCGGUGUAGUGUGAAAAAUUUGUUGAUAGCGGUCUCUGUGAUGGUGGUGACAGCAGUAAAGCUGUUACAAUAUUAUUGCUUUUCUAUUUUAUCUAUUGCUUCAUAUUGCGCUGGCUGUAGCUGCUAUCAAUUUGAGUAUUCACGAUCAGUAUCAAUGAUGGCUCUGUUAAUAUGUUAUGAUUCGCGAAGUGAACAGUGUCUAAAAUUUGCUGAAAUUAUUGCCGCGAAAGCUAAGAAAUACAGAUUAGAAGCAAAAAUUCAAGUAAUGAAAAGUAGUGAGAGUACGUUCUUCAUUGAAAAAGAUCCGCUUAUCAUAGUGAUGUGUUCGUAUAUGAACGAUGGUUAUAAGAAUGCUUCGUUUUUUAUGCGAAAUCUUUCGCAAGAUUUACUAGCAGAAGAUUUUUUAUGUCAAACUGCUUUUGCACUUCUCGGUUUCAGAGAUUCGGAUCUAAGGUUGCAAAGCAAUUCACAAGUGAUAGAAAAAAACUUGCUGCAUCUGAGUGCUACGAAACUUUUUGAUACAGAAAUAGUAACUACCGAUGACACAGAAUCCGGAUCCGUUAUUGAGUUAUGGCUGAAAAACUUAUUCAUUGCUAUUGGGAACUGGUUUCACUUGACUUAUAUCCCUAUAGAAUCAUGGGAAAGUACAUUUGGUACUAACGAUAUAAAGCAAAAAUCGCAUUUUGAAGAGAAAGAAAAAAGCAAGGAUAAUUUGGAUGGGACUUCGGAAGUGCUAAAAGUGUAUCCAGUUCAAUGGCCUGAUGAUGCUCCCUGCCUUAUUAAAGGAGCUCAAAAGCUUCAAAAAGAUGAGAAAUUGAGAGUGCCAGUUGCUAAAGCUCCAUAUUUGAAUUGCGAAAUUACUCCUGAUAAAACUGAUAUUGAACAUGCAUGUUGGCAAAAUGGAUGUAGCUUGGCAGGGGCCUUAAGUCAGAAAUAUUAUGGGCAUGUUGUGGAAAUCAGACAACUAACUAGUCCAACAGUCCGGAAACCGAAGCAAGAGAUAAUAAUCGAUCUAGUUGAUAAUGUUGAGCAAGGUUAUGAACCAGGCGAUGCAUUUUAUUUUAUCGCACCAAAUCCUCGAGAAGAAGUUAAUUUUAUUUUAGAAAGAUUAGGACUUUUGGAUGUUGCUGAUCAGAAACUUAUUAUUACUGCUAUGCAAGAUUUUUCUUUACCGCCAUAUAUACCAAAUUUCUCAUCACUAAGAUACAUUUUAACGUGGUGUCUUGAUAUCAGACGAUCUCCUGGUCGACCUCUCCUUCGUGUUCUCAGCGAUUGCACAAGCAAUGAACAUGAGAAAAAGCGCCUUUUGGAGUUAUGUAGUGCUCAAGGAGUUGAAGAAUUUACGAAAUAUGUUCGCCAGGCUGGUCUUUCGCUUGUGGAUUUUCUUUUGAACUUUCCUUCGUGUCGUCCUACUGCUGAACGUUUAAUUGAAUUAUUACCGCGAUUGCUGCCUCGCCCGUACAGUGUGAGCUGCAUCAGAGAAAUUUGGGGUAGACGUCUUCGUUUUGUUUUUUCGCUCUUACAUUUCGACGCCACAAAUGGUCGACGUUACUGCCGGUUCGGUCUUACUACUGGAUGGUUCACUUCACUUAAAAAAGGAAGCCAAGUCGUAAUGUUAUUGAAGGAACCUUCUCGAUUUCGUUUACCGCCACCCAUACAUAUCUCAUUUGAUAUUACACGCACGCCUCUUAUUAUAAUUUGUACAGGAACUGGAAUAGCACCGUUUUUAUCUUUUCUAGAAAAGUUAAAUUUGCUCGGUGCUGGAAGAUAUAAAGUACGACGAGAAAUCUACUUCGGCGUUCGCAAUAUUAACACUGAUUGCAUAUAUCGUGAAAAUAUCAUGCAACAUGUGAAGGCCAAUGUCCUCUCACAGUUUUUUCUAUGUGAAUCAGCACCUGAAGUUGGCGUAACGAACAAAAAGUAUGUGCAAGAUGUUCUGCUAGAACGUGGUCAGGAGUUAGCAGAAAUAAUAAUACAGAAGAAGGAAGAUGAACUUCAUCCUCCUAUUAUUUUUGUGUGUGGAUUUGUGCAGAUGGCAAAGGCUGUGAAAGACAUUUUUGUGCGUAUUUUCAAUUUGUUUUUGAAUAAAAGUGAAGGUGAUGCGAAACUGUUUUUGAAAGAACUGAAUGUAGUGAACCGUUAUGUCGAAGAUGUUUGGUAG